AUGUCUCCGGAGGAUGUAACCACCGAAGACUCGUUUGAAACCAACCAAAACUAUGUUGGAGAUUGCGAGAGAGAUCCUCUUCUCGGUGGUCGUGCUCCUCCGAAAAAGAAGUUUAGACUAAAGACCAUAGCCAGAGCUCUCCUUUUGGUAUUAUUUGUAGCAUUCGUAAUAGUCCUAGUAGCGGUUUUCCACAUACAAGAUCACGUAAAAGACGCUCUCAAAUAUAUUGAAGAACACAAAGAGAAUGGUAUAUUGGUAUAUCUUUCGCUAUAUGUAGCAUGCACAUGGUUAUUCUUGCCAGGCUCUCUCUUGAGUAUAGCUGCCGGGUUCUUGUUCAAGCCUGCUCUUCUGGCAGCAGGCAUAAUCAUACUCGGGGAUACAAUCAGCGCAUUAGGUACUUUUCUCUUUGGGAGAUAUAUUUUCUCGGACUGGGUGCGUGCGCAAGUCGCAAAGAAACCUUUAUUUAAUGCAUUAAAUUAUGUGAUUGCGGAUGAAGGCUGGAAGAUUGUUGUCAUGCUUAGAUUGACACCAAUUCCGUUUAACAUAAUCAGUUAUUUCUUCUCUGUGAGUUCGAUUGACGUAAGAACUUUUAAUGCUGUAUGGAUUGGGACGCUGGUCAAGAACUUGAGUGGGAUUGAUAAACCAAAGUUGGAGAAUCAAGAUAUCGUGAUCAUUGCUAUGAAUUUCAUUCUCGCUAGUUGUGGUGUAAUAGCAUUAUCUAUGGUUGGUAAACGUUCCACGAGGAGAGCAAUGGUUAUGUUAGAAGCCUCGAAAGAGCAGCCGAGGAUAAACGAAGAUGCUGUCGAUAUCGUUGAAUCUUCUGCGUCGGCAGGGCUCCUUGUUGAGGAAGACUCGCGACAGAAUAUACGUGGUGGAUUUACCAGAACUGAAAAGAUGAUAUUUUACUUCAUUAUUGCUAUUGCGAUACUAGAUGUUCUUAUAUGCGUUCCCUU